UCCUCCUGGCUCCUGGCUCCUGCAAGGCUCGACUCGAGUCUCGAGACCCGCAUUGAAUUUGCCCACUUUCCCCUUCCUCGACCGUUUCGACUCGCUCCCACAGCCGGCGACUGGUCCUUACUCUGCUGCUCUUCGCAUCUCCCUUUCUCCAACGCCGAGAUCUUCCACUUGUUUUCAUGGACGACAAGACUGAAAAGGGGAAAGGGACCGAUGGCUCUGCCUCGCGUACUCGCAAUACCCGCAAGGGUGGGCUUAAAUUUACGCCCAAAGUGCGUACUAAGAAAGUCUCAGAAAUAAUCCCUAAGAUGGAACCACAAGAGGAGACUGAUGUUCAGACAAUUGAUAAGAUUUUGAUGAGUAAACUUAAAACAGAAAAGAUCCCUGAUUCCCUCAAAAGUGCUACGGCUGAGGAAAAAGAAGCCAGUGUCCAGGUUACAUUUGGACAAGUAAACCCUUCAAUUCCAAGAUCCUUCCGCACCCCUCGAAUUUCUUCAUCAGUUAAAAAUGAGAAGGAUGUACACCUGCUUAGUAAGUUCAUGCUGUCUGAGGUUACAGCUUCUGCGGCCAAGUUACCCAAGCAGCCUGCUGAACCACAGCUUUCGCAGGACUUUACCCAUCCCAGCUACAACUAUCCUCCUAUUACUCUCCCGCUAAGGAGGCCCUACUUUGGAGACAUUCUUUAUGAAGACGAGUUUGGAGAGUUUUCUUCUAGCAGAGCUCGAGAUGGUGAAUUAACUGCAGCUAAGGAACUUGGGCUAAUGGACACUGAGGACAUGAUGAAUAAACCGCAGCUGCUCUUCUUCCAGUUCCCUGCAUCUCUUCCUUUACAGACGCAGGUUGAAUCAGUUGGGGCAAAUAUGGAUACCAGUGAGGACGCUGAAGCAGAGGUCACCAAAUCCACGGUGAAUUAUAAGAAGACGAGACUUCAGUCAACCCAAGGCUGUAAGCUAAAAGAUCUGCCAGAUGGUCUCAUGGGGAAGGUACUCGUGUACAAGAGUGGUAAAGUGAAGAUGCGGCUCGGAGGUGCACUCUUUGAUGUUUCAGCUGGUAUAAACUGUGCAUUUCCUCAAGAGGCUGUAGUGAUUAACACAAACAAGAAACGCUGCUGCAGCCUGGGGGAGGUUAGCAAGCGUGCAGUUGUAACUCCUGAUAUUGACUACUUGCUCGAUCAUAUCAAGCUUGGAGAAGAAUAGCCUGCUGGAAAUUAAAAUAACUUCUGGUACUAACUCCCAAAAGUACGCAAAGUUGGCCAUGCUGCUUGUUCUGUUUCACUAUGAGGACUGAACAUCCAAAUUUGCAUGAGUGAGGAAAUUUGAUAUGGCUUUUUAAUCUAAUAACAGUUAGAGCUAGUGGAGAUGUUUUGCUGAUCCUUCAAAAAAUUCACGCUGAGAGUUCACCGGCUGCAAGAACAAACUGUCAUUUCCCUUGAUGCAGCCUGUGUAAAAGCCGUUUGUCUUGGUUUGUCAUUACAAUCUUCGGUCGAGCUUAUUGGUUUAUUGUCAAUUACAAUCUUAUUUGUUAAACCGGCUGUAUUGAUUGCCGUAUUUCAGUUGGUUCGAUUUAGAAACUGGUUGGAUAUUUUUCAUCAAAGCCGGUUCAAA